AAAAUAUAUUCUACUUAUUAAACUUACUGAUAUUUUAUUCAAAAAAAGAAAAUGAACGGCACAAUUAGACGAUCUGAUCCCUGUGGUGAUUAUGAACUCCUUCAACGUGUUGGCACUGGCUCUUAUGGGGAAGUUUACAAGGCUCGUGACUUGAAAACUGGCCUUUUCGCAGCCGUAAAAAUCGUAAAAUUGGAACACGGCGACAACUUUGCUUCUAUUCAACAAGAAGUUUUGAUGCUUAGGGACUGUGUCCAUCCAAACAUUAUUGCGUAUAAUGGCAGCUAUUUGCGAAGGGACAGGUUAUGGAUAGUGAUGGAAUAUUGUGGUGGAGGAUCGUUACAGGACAUUUACCAAAUGACCGGUCCUCUGACGGAACUCCAAAUUGCGUUCGUCUGCAGAGAAACACUUAAAGGACUAAAGUAUCUUCAUCAACGGGGGAAAGUGCAUCGUGACGUUAAAGGAGCAAAUAUUUUACUUACACACACUGGAGACAUUAAAUUAGCCGAUUUUGGAAUUGCUGCCCAAAUUACUGCUACGCUUGGAAAGCGUCUUUCUUUCAUUGGCACUCCUUAUUGGAUGGCACCUGAAGUUGCUGAUGUCGAAAACCGUGGAGGUUAUGGUUCUGAAGUUGAUGUUUGGGCCGUAGGAAUAACAGGAAUUGAACUGGCCGAGCUUAAACCGCCAUAUUUUGAAUUGCCUCCAAUUCAAGUUUUGCAUUUGAUGACUAAAUCGAAUUAUAAAGUGCCAAAAUUGAAGGACAAGAAAAAAUGGUCCCCAACUUUUGCUCAAUUUAUUAAAGCUUGUCUAACAAAAAAUCCAAAAAAGCGUCCAUCACCAGGCAAAUUACUUACGACAAAUCCAUUUGUUUCUGGUGCUCUAAGUUCUCGUUUAAUUCGUGAAUUACUUGACCGAGUAAAUCAUCCAGACAGAAUUGAUAGAGAUGAACAACAACAGAAUGAUUAUAAUGAAGAUAUAAUUGUUGAAAAAGAAGUUAGGAGAAGUAAAAAAGAUGGUGGGAAAAGAGAAAAUGGAGGAAAUAAAUUGAGGGAAUCUUCUGAAUCUGAACAAGAAGAAAAAUCAAAAACAGCUACUUAUCAAGUUGAAAAUUUUGCUUCUCAUCAUUUACACCAAUUUAAAUCUCCUUACAUUAAUAAUCGUCAGAAAAAUGGACGGAAGAAUUUGAGAAACAAUAAAAUUAUUCAACAAACAGAUGAUCGUCCAUCUUCAUCAUCGUCUUCAUCUUCCUCAAUUUCUUCUUCAAUUUCAAAUCCACAUGGACAUGUUAAUUUGGGAAUGGAUGAAAAUGAUGUUGGGGAAGAGGAUGAGGUUUUUGGUGAUGACUGGAAUCAACAAAUUUCUUAUCAAAGCGAAAAAACUUUGGUUGCAUCGCAGGGAGAUGCUAGUGGAAGAAUUAUUGAUUUGACUCUUCAGGGGCUGGCGGUUUUUGAGAAAUCUUUGAAUGUCCGAAUUCACUGCUUCCUGAUACCAGAAACCGGACCGAAAACGGGCCGAAAUUUCAUCAUUUUGGCAGAAAAUAAUGAUGGUAAUAAUAUUUUUGAACAACCUUCAUUUCAAAUUUCUUCUCCUUUACAACCAAAUUCUCCUCAAAAAAGGCCAAAAAAUUUAAAUAUUCCAAAAAAUGUUUCAAACCAAAAACAACAACAACAACUUCAACCACAACGUUCACAUUCUUCAUUAAGUAGCGCGCCCAAGUCUUCUUUAAUUACUCGAACUCCAACAACAAAAAAAGCUUCAAAAAUUUUGGCUAGAAUAGAUGAAUCAUUAAAGCUUAAAUGGAAUAGAUUACGUUCAAAAUCAGCAUCUUUAUUAAAUGUGCAACAACAAUCUUCUAAUUAUUAUUAUGCAAUAAAUCAAAAUGGUCCUUUCGCUAGUCCAAGUAAUCAAAACAACAACAAUAAUAAUAGCCCAGCCGCAAAAAAGUAUGGAACUGCAAUAAAUCAACAUCAUACUCAUCAUCCAUUCCAAUCUAGACCUAUGACUUGUUGCUUUGGAAUGGUCCCAACUCCCCAAGUUACAAUGGGCGCUUGUUUUGUAACAGUUUUACACAAAAGCCCAAUAAAUGUCAAUUGUUGUGCACAAUGGUAUCACCCUGCUAACAGAAAACAAUUCAUGGUUUUGGGAGCAGAACAGGGUGUUUAUGCUUUGGAUUUGAGUGAUAUGUCUGGAGAGGAUGAAGCGCCGUUAGUUCAGCUCCACGAACGUCGAUGUACCUGGCUUCAUAUUGUUAACGACACAAUAACUGCCUUACAAGGAAAAACGCCUUAUUUGUAUAGACAUGAUCUUCUUCAAUUAUUUCAACAAGAAUUAAUAACUCAAAAAUUGGCUGAUAAAUUACAAAGGCUUCCUGAAAAGUUUAAACCUAAAGCUUUAAUUGGGUCAAUCAGAAUGCCUGAAACGAAGUAAGUUGACUAAAAUAUGUGUUUUUAAAUUUAAUUCUGAUUUUGUGUUUUUUUUAAUUCUGGUUUGUGUUGCUUUUAUAAUUCUGAUUUUUGUGUUUUCAAUAAUUCUGGUUUGUAGUUUUUUUUCUAAUUUUUGAUUUUUGUGUUUUUCCAAAUUCUGGUUUAUGUGUUUUUUUUUUUGAAUUCUGAUUUAUGUGUUUUUUAGUAAUUCUGAUUUUUUUGUUUUUCUAAAUUCUGAUUUUUGUGUUUUUAAUAAUUCUGAUUUUGUGUUUCUUUUUAUUCUGAUUUAUGUAUUUUUUCAUAAUUCUGGCUUUUGUGUUUCUAAUAACUCUGGUUUGUGUUUUUUCAAAAUUCUGAUUGUUUAAAUUAAUUUGUGUAAUAUUUGUGUUUCUUUCAUAAUCCUGAUUUUUGUGUUUUUAAUAAUUCUGAUUUUUGUGUCUUCUAAAUUCUAAUCUGUGUUUUCCAAAAUUCGGAUUUAUGUAUUUUUUCUUAAUUCUGGUUUUUGUAUUUCUUUCAAAAUUCUGAUUUUUGUAUUUUCUGCAAAAUUCUGAGUUUAGUUCUGAUUUUUUAUAUUUUCUCUAUUUCAUUAUUCUGAUUUUUAUGCUUUUUAUUAUUUUUUUUUGUGUUUUUAUAUUCUUCUGAAUUUAUUUUUAUUUUUUUCAGGGACUGUUAUCAAUGCAAUGUUGAACGUAGUAUUAAUGAUGGUGAAUUAUAUCUUUGCUGUGCUGUUCCAAAUGCUGUUUUAUUAUUUCGAUGGUAUGACC